CACCGACACAGGGGUAUAAAACCUUCUGAACAGCAGCAUCCUGAAUCCUUCAGUCUCUCUUUCUCUCCACGAGCAACACAGACAUCAUGAGCCACCACAGGACUUCCACCACCUCCACCUCUUACCGGCGCACUUUCGGGGGGCCCCCGGUGUUCUCCCCGGUCUCCUACACCCCAGUUUCCUCCUCCCGGCUCUCGGCCGGGGGGCGGCUCAUGGGAUCCCCGUCCUCAGCCUCCUCGAUCCGCUCCGUCUCGUACAGGGCCCGCAGCAGCACCCCGGCCCUGCGCCUCGGCUACGACAAGGUGGACUUCGCGGGGGCCGAAGCCCUGAACCAGGAGUUCAUGAUGACCCGCAGCAACGAGAAGGCGGAGCUGCAGGAGCUGAAUGACCGCUUCGCCAGCUUCAUCGAGAAGGUGCGCUACCUGGAGCAGCAGAACACCGUGCUGUCCGGGGAGCUGACCCAGCUCAGGGGCCAGCAGGAGCCGGGACGGGCCAGCACGCUCUUCCAGCAGGAGCUCCGGGAGCUGCGCAGGCAGCUGGAGCAGGUGGGGGAGGAGAGGGACCGCUUCCACGUGGAGAGGGACAACCUGGCAGAGGACGUGGCGCUGCUGAAGCAGAG